UGGCUUCAUAGUGUCACGUGCUGACUGGUCUACCUGGAUCCAUUUUCCGGGGACCCGUCCUGCAAGCUGCCGUUAGCGCUGCCCUGGACUGGAUUUUUGAGGAGGAAGAGAGGAGAGGAGAGGAGAGGAGAGGAGAGAAGUAAGGUAAGGUAGUUAGAGCUUCAGCUGCGCCUCGUUGCCUUUGAGUCUGUCGUCAUUCCCGCUCUUUGAAUAAUUCUGUUUUUUAUUCUUCCCUCAGAAAAGAACAAAAGUAUCCUAAUAAAUACUCGAUUACUCCAACAUCAUCACUGAUAUUGUUACCAAUGGUCAAAGACACUGCCCCCGCAGAGGCCGGAGAGCCCACUGCGGAACCUCAAGUCACCUACGCCUCAGGCCGUGUCGAGCAUCAGGGCCAGGCUGACUCACCUCCCGACCUGAGGCUGAUUCACUACAACGACGUCUAUCACUUGGACCCUUCGAGUGCUGAGCCCGUGGGUGGCCUGCCAAGAUUCAUCAGCGUGUGCCGCGAGUACCAGGAAGGCGAGCAGUUCAAGGAUCAGCCUAGAGCCCUGACGCUCUUUUCUGGAGAUGUCUUUAACCCCAGCUUGGAGAGUACUGUGACCAAGGGUCAACACAUGGUUCCCGUUCUUGAUCUAAUUGGAACGGACUGCUCUUGUGUAGGGGUGGGUAGGUCAUACUACCCUUGACCGACUUGGUAACUGACCAGCCUCAAAUCACAGAACCACGACUUCGAUUUUGGUGUUAAGCAGUUUGAGCAUCUCUCAAGUCAGAACAAGUUCCCUUGGUUGCUAGCAAACGUCAUCGACCAUGACAUUGGCGGUGACACACCUAUUGGCCAUGCCAAGAAGACACACAUGAUGACCACUUCGAAUGGCAUCAGGGUUGGCCUCAUCGGCUUGGGUGAGAGAGAAUGGCUUGAGACCAUCAACAGUCUACCGCCCAAUCUGGAGUACAGAUCCGCUACCGCUGUUGCCAAGGAGCUCGUCCCCAAGUUGCGGGAGGACGGUGCGGAGAUCAUCGUCUGUCUAAGCCACAUGCGAGAACCCAAUGACAACAAGUUGGCAGAACAGACGGAAGGACUCAUUGAUAUCAUCCUCGGCGGACACGACCAUUUUUACGCCCACAGCCUCAUCAACGGGACUCACGUGCUUAGAUCUGGUACCGACUUCAAGAACCUGAGUUACAUCGAGGCUCGUCGCAAGGAAGGUGACCCUUCCAAGUGGGAUUUUGAUAUCUGGCGAAGAGACAUCGUUUCGUCCAUCGAGGAAGACCCUUCAACACUAAAAAAGGUAGACGAACUCACCUCCAAACUCAACCAGUCACUGGCAAGGCCUAUUGGAUACACUGCUACACCUCUGGAUGCUCGUUUCAGCACAGUUCGCCUUAAGGAGUCCAACAUCGGAAACUUUGUAUGCGACGUCAUGAGACAACAUCAUGGCGCUGAUUGCACAAUCAUGGCAUCUGGUACUAUCCGUGGCGACCAAAUCUACCCCCCGGGCCCAAUUCGCAUCAAGGAUAUCACGACCUGCUUUCCAUUCGAGGAUCCUGUCGUGUUGCUCAGAGUGACAGGCCAAGCUAUUUUCGAUGCUCUUGAGAACAGUGUAGCUAUGUAUCCUGCUCUGGAAGGUCGAUUUCCCCAGGUUUCCAACAUUCGAUUCGAGUUUGAUCCCUCCCGACCUAGAGGGAAGAGAGUCUUGUGGGCGGAGAUCGGUGGAAAGCCGUAUGAGCCGGAGAAACUCUAUGUGCUCUGUACCCGAGGAUAUAUGGGACGAGGAAAGGAUGGUUUCACCAGCUUGUUGGUCAAGUCUGAGGGUGGACAAGCGGAGGAGAUCAUCGAGGAAGAAAACGGCAUUCUUAUCUCGGCCAUGCUGCGGCAGUACUUCAUGGGCCUUUUGACAGUAGGACGAUGGAAAAACCUCGCGCAACAUUGGGUCAAGGUUGCUCAGAAAUGCGAGACGCCCGUCUCACCUGUCCGAACUACCUUUAACACCGACUUCCCCGACCUCAAGUUCGUUGCAGAGAAUCUACCCAAGGACAAACGCACCGAGAGUGUGACCAAGGACGCUAAAGACCCGUGGGGCAGGUUCCUCAAGCGUCGCUUCAGCAUCAAUAUGAAGCCCCAUGAUGACAACGAAACCAGCGACGAGGAACUUGAUGAGAAGGAUCGUGAGGAGGAAGAGUUUGAAGACCCCGAUGGCGCGAGACUCGAUUUUGAGAUUCUCUUGAUGCGCAAGUUCUUUACGAAGUGGGCGCUCAAAGCAAAGGUCAAGACUAGUAUCUGUGAUCCUCUCAAAGAGGGCGAGUACACGGUUGAUUGGACAACUUGCAUUGCUCCCGUGGUCGACGGACGAAUUGUCAUGACGGGAGCUUCUACACCAAAAAAUUAGAAGAGACGUAAUAACGGACGGAUCGCCUCAGAGGGGACGCGGAUUACGAAUAGAACGGAUCAUAAAAUAAACAAAAUUAGGCCUCAAUUUUCAGCGUCCCCUCGUAUUUUGAGUGUCCAUGCGUAGGAUAAAGUGCUGCAGCUAUUAAUAUCGACCUACAGCCUCAC